UUGUCCUAAAAAAUUCAUAGAAAAUAUCAAAUCUCCCCAUCUCGCAAAAUUGGUUGAGUAAAGGAAAUUCAUCAUGAAUCAAGUGCCAGUACGAAUCAUCUCACUUCUGAAAGCAUGCCGCGGCAGCCACUUGAAUGUCAUGGGCGGCAGACUCACAAGAUUAAUGGUGUCUCCUCCUCCUCCAGAGCUACAACUGCUAAAAUCACCACCCCCUUCACCCUCAACAACAGCAACCGUCCACCACAUUUUCAACCCCUGCCUUGACUUGUAUGUCAGCGUCUACCAACACGACGAAUGUGACACCCCGGCCAAAACAGAGGCCUACCGCAGGUAUCUGAAGCAACUCCUCCCGGUUGCCUGGUCCCACAAUCCCUUAACCACCCUCAAGCUCAUCUGCCACAUCGUAGACCAUUCAACGACAGAUGCCAAAGCCUUCUACACGGCGGCUUUUUGGCUCCAUCACAACCACCCGAAGACCCUCGCCUCCAACCUUCUGCUUAUUGCCGCCGGGUUCGGGCAUGGGCGUGGUUUGUAUGACCUUGUGCAGAUUCUCUACCGGAUUCUUGCAGGCCAAGACGAGGUCGAUGAAGAGAUGAUGUUCGCCAUGGCUGACAAGGUGGCUGUCGAGAGGUAUGAGACUGACCCCGAUUAUCGCUUGUUACACGACCUCGUUUCGGAUCUUUUUGCCCACUGCCUCAACCGUGAUAUUCAACUUUUGAAGGAGAAGCGGAUGCAAAUGGAUAAUAAUAUUCAUGAUGAGUCUUCUUCUAAUACGUGCUUGGAGACCACUAACGCGGCCUAUCGGCUCCCCCGAACAAGCAACCUCCCUUUCCCGCGGCACUCGUUUUUCAGCAUCCACACCCACAAAGAGAUGUUAAGGAGGAGGAGGAGAAGGAGGCCGGUUACGCCUACAGACUCCGAGAGCGGCUUAUGA